GUUCUGGACACAUAUACACAAUAUGCUGCCCUGUUCUGCCCCCGCAGCUUACUUACCUUCACCAGUUCCUCCCGACAUGCACUAGAAUUUAAAAAAUGUGACCACUUUAGUUUGUUAAAUUACCAUUUUCCACAUCAUUAGCUUGACUUGAAACGCAGAGCAAUAAUAAUAAUUACACCCUAAUCCGGGUUUUGCUCUUUCAAAGGCCUGACAUGCUGACAGCGUGGAAGCAUAACAACUUGUGGCGCACGUAGAGACAGAUCUGCCGGAGCAAGUCUGUCAUUUUCUGUCUUGUGUGUCCAGGUUACGCUCAGAUCACCGAGGGGUUUAAUUAUCGCUCAGCGAACCGCAGAGAGAGGCCUCUCCUGGGAGGCCAGACAGAGAGGCAGGGAUGAGUAACAUCAGGUGAGACGGAGUGAAAACAGGAGGAUACAAGCGAGCCAGGUUUGGGCACGUAGCUGCGGAGUGUUAGGGCAGAAAUUCGAGCGGCCAAUUUGCUCACAAGCCGGAGAGGGAGGACGACUCUCUGCCAGGCCCGACAUCUGCACCAACAUGUGAAGGGAGAGAGGAAGUGGGCAUCAAAGUGCUCUGAUCAAAGGAGUGUGUGAGUGGGAGGAUUUUCCCCUCACCCAUUAAAUAUUCAUCCACAACUUUCAUCUUGCCAUCCCUGAGCUCUCCCCCAAGCCGACUCCACUCGCCCUCCCUCCCACCAUGACAGGGGUUGUUGUCCCUGCAUCCCAGCAGGCCGGCCCAGCUGCUGCAUCUGCACCCACCCCUGGGGAGCCCACGGAAGUGGAGUGUCCCAUCUGCUACCAGGAGUACAACCAGUACAACAAAUGUCCUCGCAUGCUGGAGUGCCACCACGUAUUUUGCACCGAGUGCCUCCAGAGGAUCCAGCUCAGCCGUUUCGAGCCACCGGACCGCAUCCCACCAGCCAUCCUCUGCCCCCUGUGCCGACACCUCACCCCUCUAGAAUCUGGGGAUCCCCUCUCCUUGCCCUCCAACUCUCACAUCCUGGCCCAGCUGCCCCCCUUGGCCUUCCGCCUCCCUGCGACCAUGGCGACCCAUCUGGCCACAGUCACCCAGAGAGUGGUGGUCUCCCUGGAGGGAGAGAACAGGGACACCCGCUUCAUCAUCCUGCCCACUGUGAGCCUGCGGGUGCAGCAGAUGCACCCGGCCUGGCCGUACGGCGCGACACCCGGCCUGGCGGGCGAGGUCGAGGUCAUAGAGCAGAGCAAGAAGACCCUGUUCAUUGUGCAGCUGCUGGCUGUCAUCUUCUGGGUGGUGUUUGUCAUCACCUGCGUGGUCGGGGUGGUGUUUGGGCCACAUUUCAUGAAUUGGGAUUAACUCUACUGGAAGACACUGUGAAAAAGAUAUGUUCAAGUUUGAAAUGGGAAAUUAUUGUGCUCAUAAAAGAAAAUUAUAAAUUCAUUUAUAAUUGACUCUUUAUAAGGCUAAAUUACAAUUUUUACUCGUCCUUAAUCACUGCCUUACAUAUAUGCUCUUUGGUGAGAAAUAGACUGAUGAAGAGUGUCCUCUAGUGGCUUUUAUGGAAAUAGAUAAACUAAGAUCACACAAAUAAUAAUCAAUGAUAUUUAAUAUUUUGUCAAAUGUUCUUCUCUAUGAUGUUUAUUAUUUAUUGUUAAUCUCAAUAUUGUUUGCAGUUUGUCCCUGUUUGAUGAUGUCAUUAGAGUCAAAAGCAGAUGAUUGUACCAUAAUUUAAUAAAAUAAAAAUGGCUUACGUA